AUGGCCGGGGAGCCGCUCUCCUUCCGCGCCUUCCUCGACGCCCGCCCCGCCGGCUGCGAGUACGGCUACGGGCACGGGGACGGGCUCCGAGCGCUGCGGGACCGCGAGUUCCCCCGGCUGCGAGGAAUUACUUACCUUGACCAUGCUGGUUCAGCACUUUUCCCAGAGAGUCUACUUACAGCUUUUACUGAUGACCUCAGAAACAAUGUUUAUGGCAACCCUCAUAGUCAGAAUAUCAGCAGCAAGCUGACAUAUGACACAAUUGAGCAUGUUCGAUACAGAAUAUUGCAACACUUUCACACUACUGCUGAGGAUUACACCAUCAUUUUCACAUCUGGAUGCACAGCUGCACUUAAACUGAUAGCAGAAUCAUUCCCUUGGAUACCUGAAGGCACAAAGCAGCCCAGCAGUCGAUUUUGUUACCUAACUGACAGCCACACAUCUGUAGUUGGUAUGAGGGGCAUAACUGCUUCAAUGAAUGUCUUGUCUGUUCCAAUAAAACCAAAGGAAAUUUUGGUAGCAGAAAGCAGGUUACCAGCUGAAGAACAAAACUGCACAACACCUCAUCUAUUCUCUUACCCAGCUCAGAGCAAUUUCUCUGGUACCAAAUAUCCCCUUUCAUGGAUACAGGACAUAAAAUCUGGAAGACUCUACCCCAUCAAACUACCAGGAAAGUGGUUUGUUCUACUAGAUGCAGCCUCGUACGUGAGCACUUCUCCAUUAGACCUGGGAGUUCACCAAGCUGACUUUAUCCCCAUUUCAUUCUAUAAAAUCUUUGGAUUCCCAACUGGUUUAGGAGCAUUAUUGGUAAACAACAGGAUUGCUCCCCUCUUGAGGAAAACCUAUUUCGGAGGUGGAACUGCAGCUGCCUAUCUCGCAGGAGAGGAUUUUUAUUUCCCCAGGAAAUCCAUAGCAGAAAGGUUUGAAGAUGGUACAGUCUCUUUUCUUGAUAUCAUUGCUCUGAAGCAUGGAUUUGAUGUUCUGGAAAAACUCACAGGUGGAAUGGAGAAAAUAAAGCAGCAUACCUUUGCAUUAGCUCACUACACCUACACUGUGCUGUCUAACUUGAAAUAUGCCAAUGGGGCUCCUGUAGUCCGUAUUUACAGUGACACAGAUUUCAGCAAUCCUGAUGCCCAAGGUCCAAUCAUCAAUUUUAAUGUGCUCGAUGAAAAUGGACAAGUGCUCGGCUUUGCACAGGUGGACAGCAUGGCGAGUCUCCACAACAUACACGUUCGCACAGGCUGCUUCUGUAACACUGGAGCCUGCCAGAUGCAUCUGGGCAUAAGCAAUGAGGACAUCCAAAGGAACCUGCAGGCUGGCCAUGUCUGUGGAGAUAACAUAGACCUACUUGAUGGACGUCCCACUGGUUCUGUGAGAAUAUCCUUUGGCUACAUGUCUUCUUUUGAAGAUGCACAGACUUUUUUGAAUUUCAUCAUAGCCACCAGACUCUCCAACUCGGAUGCUGAGAUUCCUCUCCAGUCUGUUACGAAGCUGCCGACAGAGUCUGUUCCAGAUGACCACCUUUCUUUUAACAAGGCAGAUAAAUUGUCUCCAAUUCUGCAAAUCCCUGACAGAGAACUCAGGAAUAUUCCGUCUGAGGCAGAGACAACUGGCAGCUGGCCACCAGAGCCUGAGGCAGAAAGCAUGAGGGCAGCUGUUUCUGAGACUGCAGUGCCAACGUGUAGAAAAGGUGGCAAGCCCAUCACUGUUGCCAAAAUUUACCUCUACCCAAUCAAAUCCUGCUCUGCGUUUGAGGUUACAGAAUGGCCAGUAGGAAACCAGGGUUUGCUGUAUGACCGCAACUGGAUGGUUGUAAACCAGAAUGGAGUCUGCAUGACUCAGAAGCAGGAGCCAAGGUUGUGUCUUGUGAACCCUUCAAUUGAUCUGAAGCAAAAAAUUAUGGUCAUUCAGGCAGAAGGCAUGGACCCAAUAUCUGUGCCACUAGAAGAUAAUACUGGAAAAGAGGCUGUGACCUGUGAGAGUAAAGUCUGUUCACACAGAGUAAAAACAUAUGACUGUGGAGAAAGAAUUGCUGGCUGGCUCUCUGCGUUUCUUGGUCGUCCUUGUCGCUUGAUAAGACAAAGUUCAGACAAGAAAAGCAAGUCACAUCAGAAAAAUACAAAAGGUCUGUCAUCUGCUACAAACAUCUCACUGUCUCUUGUGAAUGAAGCACAAUACCUCCUGAUAAACGUAGCAAGCAUUCUGCAGCUGAAAGAACACAUUUCUGCAAGAUUGAAGGAGCCAUUGGAAAUAGAGGAAUUGAUCCGGCGUUUCCGUGCCAACAUUGUCAUCAGUGCACCAGAGUCCUUUGAAGAGGAGGAGUGGACUGAAAUUUCAAUAGGUGCUCUGCAAUUCCAGGUUGUGGGUCCGUGUAGCAGAUGUCAAAUAAUCUGCAUUGAUCAACAGUCUGGGGAACGAAACAAAGAAAUUCUGCAGUCCCUGUCUGCUGCCAGAGGUAGAAAGACAAACUUUGGCAUAUACCUGAUGAACCAGCCCUUUUCCUCAUCCUUUUCAGAUACUUUAUCAGUUGGGUCUCAAGUACUUCCAGUGCUGAAGGAGAAUACAGAAAUUCAACCUCCAACAUCCAGUGAAGAAAAAUGUUCAUGAUAGACUCUCUGGUGGAGAUGAAAUUUUUAUGCAACUACAGGGAAAAGUCAGUAGUCAGUUAUGCAAAAAAAAAAAAAAAAAAAAAAAAA